AUGUCAGACCCUUCAUCUAGGCCAUCGAUUCCCCAUUGGCAGCAAAGAUCAGGCACAAUCCAGACUGACAAACCUUCCUUAUCGCCCGCGCCAUCGAGCUCCGAUGAUGCACCCGCAUCAACUUCACGACAGGAGAUUAUUGAUCAAGCUUCCCGAUUUCUGGAGGAUGAAUCAAUCCGUGACGCUCCCACAGACCGGAAGAUCCUUUUCCUAGAAUCAAAAGGCUUGAACCCAGAUGAAAUCCAACAGCUCCUCGGCGUUUCCCGAAACCCAGAUGCCAGCAGCAGCUCGAGCGCAGUCAUAGAAAAGGGAAAGGAAACAACCUUAGACCCCCCAUCGGAAAAUUCUGAAGAUUCAUGUUCAUCCCCUUUGACUGCUUCAACAACUAUGUCGCAACCCCGCUCAACCACUCCCUCCGCAUCAAGAAAUGUGCCCCCAAUAAUUACAUACCCUGAAUUCCUCUUCGAGUCUACCAAGCCACCCCCACUAGUCACAAUACGCAGCAUGCUAUACACUCUCUAUGGCGCUGCCGGUCUCGGCACAACCAUAUAUGGUGCAAGCGAGUACUUGGUAAAGCCCAUGCUCGCGAGUCUGACUAGUGCACGCCAUGAGCUUGCCACCACAGCCCAGGAAAACCUGCAAAAGCUGAAUGAGAAACUAGAACAUAGCGUCUCUGUAAUUCCAGCCCACCUAACAGCACGAAAGGUUACUGUGGACGAAAAUGUCGAUGAAGACGGGGCCUCAGUUACGUCUGAUCCGACAGAGCUCUUCCACCGCGAUAUCGGGACACAGACAAUCGUGGAAGACGCCCAAUCUUUGAAUUCUUCUACUUCGUUAGAUACCAAAGAGAAUCCUGCUGAUGUGCCCACCAUUGCGGUGUCAAAUCACAUGAAGCGUCUUGAGUCGAUCCAAUCGCAUCUGAAACAAGUCAAGGUCAUCGAGCAGGAGAGUAGCACGCUUGAUGAUUCGAUGCGUACUAGUCUGAAUGAGCUACAUCAUUAUCUGGAUAGCUUGGUUUACGCUACUGCACCGGGAUAUUCGUCUGUUACAGUGGCGUACGGUGCAUCUUCCAAUAGUGGCUCGAAUGCUAGUGCUACAGGCUUACGAAAGAAAGAGCAUGAUGCCAUCGCAGGCUUUAAGGCAGAGAUUCGAGGUGUGAAGGGAGCGCUGCUUAGUGCGAGGAAUUUCCCUUCUAGUAAGAGCGGCAAAGUGCCUGCAGGUACUUGGUAA